AUGGCGUCAACGCCGCCUCACUGGUCUGUUUUCACAGUCAAUAACCACCGUCAGACCCGUCAACAACCCAACUCUAACUACCGUCCAUGGCUUCCACAGCGUGUCUCUUCCUCUCCCCGUGGGGGUCGCGCCGUUACCUCAGCUCCUCCCUCUUCAUCUUCCUCUGUUUCCGCCGCCACUGUUUCUUCCGGUACACUAUCAAAGACUCCUACUUUUUCUCCUCUGCAAACCCCGAAACCGGGUCUCUCCUCGGAUUUCUCGGGUCGUCGAUCGACCCGGUUCGUCUCCAAGAUGCAUUUCGGGCGACCUAAGACUACAAUGGCCUCGCGGCACAGCUCUGCUGCGGAAGACGCACUGCAGAACCGUCGGCUUUUACGAGUUCGCGGCAAAGUAGCCAUCGCUAAGAGUGUUUUCGAAACUGCUUUGGCUUGUGGGUAUGGAAACACGGUCUACGCCUUCUCUGCUCUGAUCAGCGCUUAUGGUAGAAGUGGUCUCCAUGAGGAAGCCAUUAGUGUCUUCAACUCCAUGAAAAGCUAUGGCUUGAGGCCUAAUUUGGUUACCUACAAUGCUGCGGUAAAGGAGGAAUGGAGUUUAAGCGAAGGAGGGUUGUGGGAAACAGCAAGGAGUCUCUUUGAUGAGAUGUUGAAUAGAGGGAUUGAGCAAGAUGUGUUCUCUUAUAAUACGCUCUUGGAUGCAAUCUGCAAAGGAGGGCAGAUGGAUCUUGCUUUCGAUAUCCUUGCUCAGAUGCCGUCGAAGAGAAUCAUGCCUAAUGUUGUGAGUUAUAGUACUGUCAUUGAUGGGUUUGCAAAGGCUGGGAGAUACGAUGAAGCUCUUAACUUGUUUGAUGAGAUGAGAUAUCUCGGAACUGCAUUGGAUAGAGUUUCUUACAAUACAUUGCUUUCCAUUUAUACUAAAGUUGGUAGAUCUGAAGAGGCUUUGGACAUUUUUAGAGAAAUGGCUACGGCUGGGAUUAAGAAGGAUGUUGUGACUUAUAAUGAUCUUCUGGGAGGAUACGGGAAACAAGGAAAAUAUGUUGAAGUGAAGAACGUUUUCGCUGAGAUGAAACGGGAGCAUGUUCGGCCCAAUUUACUGACUUAUUCUACAUUGAUGGAUGUGUACUCGAAAGGGGGUUUGUACAAAGAGGCAAUGGAGAUAUUUAAGGAGUUUAAGAGCGUCGGUUUAAGAGCUGAUGUUGUGUUGUACAGCGCAUUGAUUGAUGCAUUGUGCAAGAAUGGGUUGGUGGGUUCUGCUGUUUCUUUGAUCGAUGAGAUGGCAAAGGAAGGUAUUAGGCCUAACAUCGUAACUUACAAUUCCAUAAUCGAUGCAUAUGGUCGUUCUGCAACUAUGGAGUCCCUAGCUGAACCUAGUAGCUUAGAAGUUGGAUUUUCCUCUUCUCCUCCGCCUUCUUCUUCUUUAAGUGAAACAGAGGAUAAUCGGGUAAUGCAGAUAUUUGAGCAGUUAACCACUGAGAGUAAUAACAGAAUGAAGAAAGAUUGUGAGGAGGGUAUGUAUGAGCUCUCCUGUAUAUUGGAAGUUAUACGCAAAAUGAAUCAGCAGGAAAUAAAACCAAAUGUUGUAACCUUUUCAGCGAUACUGAACGCGUGCAGUCGGUGCAACUCAUUAGAAGAUGCAUCAAUGCUGCUAGAGGAGCUCAGGGUGUUUGAUAAUCAGGUAUAUGGUGUCGUUCAUGGACUUCUCAUGGGCCAUAGAGAGAAUGUGUGGCUCCAGGCUCAGAGCUUAUUCGACAAAGUAAAGGAAAUGGAUGGUUCGACCGCUUCUGCCUUCUACAAUGCUCUUACCGACAUGCUUUGGCACUUUGGUCAGAAACGAGGCGCACAACUUGUGGCGCUUGAUGGAAGAUCUAGACAAGUUUGGGAGAACGUGUGGUCUAAUUCUUGCUUGGACUUACACCUUAUGUCCUCUGGUGCUGCACGUGCAAUGGUCCAUGCUUGGUUGCUGAAUAUACGCUCCAUUGUCUAUGAAGGUCAUGAGUUACCUAAACACAUGAGCAUAUUGACUGGUUGGGGAAAACACAGCAAAGUAGUUGGAGACGGAGCGUUGAGGCGAGCGGUUGAAACGCUUUUGAGGGGAAUGGACGCACCGUUCCACCUCUCAAGAUGCAACAUGGGACGGUUCACAUCAAGCGGUACGGUCGUAGCAACUUGGCUGCGUGAAUCGGCCACACUCAAACUCUUAGUCCUUCAUGAUCACAUAACCACCAGAGCUAACAUAACAAUGAGAUCAGCAGACCAACCUGAACAAACCGCUCUCACCUUGCAGCUUCUUCCUUUGUAAGCUCUAUAGUGUGAUGUUAACAGUUUAUGACUAUCAAAUUUGUUCCCGAUGAAUCAGUAAUGUUGUGGAAAGACU